AUGAGCGUCUCCGUCAGGACUAGGGCACUCACUGCAGCAGAUGGCACGCUGUCCCACCGUUACAUGGCUCUGAGAUCACUCAUGAAGAUCUGUGUGAAGAGACGGUCUGUGGUGACUUUCUUGGCUCUCUUCACCCUGUCUGUGGUCUUGAUCAACACCAUUCCUCUUCUUCCCAAGGAGACAAUGAGGCUUCCCCCACGGGACCUGAAAGGGAGCACCAGCAAGAGGCUUCCUGCGGGAACCCCAAGCACUCUGCUGGAUCUCCCGCCACCCCUCAAUGGGCACAAGAACAAGCUGUUCAGUGGAAGCAGUGCUAUCCCCUUCAAACAGCCACUAUCACAUUCCGUAAAAGCGCCAGUCACCUCCCAGGCUGCAAAAACGCUCAACAGCUCUAACAGCACAAGGCUAUGUCAGCAGAAAUGCAUCCGGGAUGGAGGUGGCCAUGCGAGUGUGGCGGUGGGAGAGGCAGAGAUGACCCAGCAGACGGUCAGAGAGGUCUCUGGAGAAGAGACUGCACAUGAGCGAAAACCUGACAGCUUCUGGAAGAGGAGGUCACACUCUUUCGCCGGAAAAGAGAGCAUACCGAGAGACCGGAUGCGAGGAGAGAAGUCGGAUCUGUGCCAGAUAUCUGUUGGCAAAUGGAACGAGACCACACCUGAGUCCCUUCCCUGGCUAAGUGCAGGUGAUGUGAGGAAGAUGGCCUUCCUCUCUGGUGGGGUGGUCCUCAGCAAGGCCAGGGUGCCAGGACACGGGCAGGUGCUUCAGGUUGGCCUGGGGGCUGGAGAGGCAGAGGCCGAGGCCGAGGCCGUGCUGGACCACCGUCAGCACUGUCAGUCGGGAUCAUGUGCUCUAAUCAAGCGGCCCAGCGAUUGGUUUGAGGUGCUGGCUUUUCAUCUGGACAGGGUGCUUGAACUGAACAGAAGCCUUCCCUCGGUGCUCAGGAACUUCAAAAGCAAGCUGCUGCCCUACAGGUAUAUCAGUGGCAACGCCAGACCAGUAGUGUGGUGGGACCCGGACAUUCAACACCUGGCGGAGGUUGACAAUGACCAGAACUCCUUCUCCCUCUCCUGGCCACUGUACCAGAAGGUGCUGCAGAGCCGGUGUGGGGCCAGAGUGUCCCUGAAUGCCACCCCGUGUGUGGGAGUACAGCACUCCGAAUGGGGCCGCCUGGCACUCUUCGACUUCUUGCUGCAGGUGAAUGACCGCUUGGACCGCUAUUGCUGUGGAUUCAGACCAGACCCCUCGGAUAUCUGCCUGGAGAACCUGUUGCAUGUUAAAUGCAAAAGCCCCAAUGACCUUCUUCUUGUACAUAUCCUGGUGAGGAGGGCUGAUCCCUCCAGGCUGGUGUUUAUAGACAAUGCAGGUCGGCCGCAUCACCCUCAUGACAACCUCAACUUUCGAUUAGUGGAGGGCAUUGACGAGUUCCCUGAGCGAGCUGUGAGCAUCCUGCGGUCAGGCUGUCUGGAGAGCAUGCUCCUGAGGUCUCUGUCUGCGGACCGGGAGCUGUGGGAGAGCAGAGGAGGAGCAGAGGGCCUGAGACCCAUCAUCCGCACCAUUCAGCAGCGAGGGACCAUCCUGCUGCAACACAUCCAGAACAGGAUACUGAGACUCAACAAGGAUCUGUGACAGUGGGCAUGAGCAACAUGCAUGGUCUCUCCAAGGGCAGCAUUACACCAGAAUCUUGUGUCCAGGCAUAAGAGAGCUUAGGAAUAGGUGCGCACGGCGGU